CCUGGCACUUUACCUCCAUCCUGGUAACUCACAAGUCCCCGGACCAAAAACAGGAAGAGCGCGAUGAGCUCAGCGGCAGAGGACGACGACGCUGCAACGCUGGAAACCGUCAACUCUGUCACGCUCACACAAGACAGCGAUGGAAGCAUCAUACUGCACUGUCCUCCCAACGAUGAAGACUCUGAGCCCCUUCAGAAGAAACUGCGUCUCUCUACGGACGAACAGGAAGACUCAGAAACACAGCAGUUCUCUGUGGUCACCUUACCGAUGUCGGAGAACGACGAGAGCUUUGAGGUGACGAUGACGGCCACAGCAGACGGGGAUCUUUCUGAGGAAGGUGUCGCUCAGAUUCAGAUCCUGCAGGAGGAGGAGGAGUCUCUCUCCCCCGGUGAGAAGGCGGAGGUUUCACCCGUCAGUCAGGCCUGGUUCACUACAAAAGAAGACAAAGAUACGCUGGCUAAUAAAGGUCAUAAGUGGAAACAGGGGAUGUGGUCUAAAGAGGAGAUCGAUAUUCUGAUGAGCAACAUCGAUCGAUAUGUCAAGGGCAGAGGCAUCGAGGACCCAGCAGAGAUCAUUUUCGAGAUGUCUAAAGAGGAGAGGAAGGAUUUCUACCGCUCGGUGGCGUGCGGGUUAAACAGGCCGCUGUUCGCCGUCUACAGACGAGUCCUGCGGAUGUACGACAACCGAAACCACGUCGGCAAGUACACUCCGGACGAGAUAGAGAAACUAAAAGCGCUGAGGGAGAAACACGGGAACGACUGGGCGACUAUCGGAGCAGCUCUGGGUCGCAGCGCCUCGUCUGUCAAAGACCGCUGCCGACUGAUGAAGGACACGUGUAACACCGGUAAAUGGAGUGAGGAAGAGGAGAGGCGGCUGGCUGAGGUGGUGUACGAGAUGGCCGGUGUGACGCCCGGCUCCGCGGUCACCGGCGGCGUUUCCUGGGCGACGGUCGCCGAUCAGGUUCGAACGCGCUCAGAGAAACAGUGUCGAUCCAAGUGGCUGAAUUACCUGAACUGGAAACACAGCGGAGGGACGGAGUGGACCAAAGAGGACGACCUGAACCUCACCAGCAGGAUCUUGGAGCUGCAGGUGGAGGAUGAGAAUGAAAUAAAGUGGGAGGAUCUGGCAGGCGGGUGGAGCAGCGUUCGAUCACCUCAGUGGCUUCGAUCCAAGUGGUGGAGCAUCAAGAGACAAGUAGCCAAUCACAAGGAGAUCCCCUUCACCGUCCUCCUGAAGGCCCUCCACGAGGUGAUGGCGUCCUCACAGACGACAGCCGGACCAGGAAGUCCCUCCUCGUCCUCGCUGCAGAUCAGACUCACUCGGCUGGAUGAGAACGGCGGCAGCAGCCCCGCCACCAACUCUUUAGCAGCGCUGCAGAUUCCUGUUCAGAUCCCACUGCAGAUCACACACCUGGCUUCAGAUUCUUCGGCAGCAGCGAGCGACAGUGAAACCAUCACCCUGAACACAGGAGCUCUGCAGACCUUCGAGAUCCUUCCUUCGUUCCACCUGCAGCCCACCGGCACACCAGGCACCUACUACCUCCAGACGACGUCCAAUCAGAGCCUGCCGCUCAGCCUCUCCACCACCAGUCAGGGCCUUCCUCUCAGCUUAACCAAUAACAGCACGGUCACCUUGACGACAGGCUCCUCGCCCUCGUCACAUGAACACAUCAUCCUUCACAGCUUGUCGACGGACGGACUCUGCUCCAGCGACGGUGUCAUCAUCCAGACCGUCACCUCUGACCCCGCCUCCUCAGAUCCUCUCAGCCAAUCGCAGCUAGUCGUGGAGGCAGAGGGGCGGGGCCAUAACGACCAACUGGAAGCGACGAGCCUCCUGGAGGGGUCAGUGAGCGUCGUCACGGAAACUCAAGAGACAAUGGCUGAUGGUUUUACUGACAAGGAGUUGAGUUCCCCCUCAGUGGACGGUCCAGUGGUGCAUUCUGGGAUGACACCUGGCAGCGCCGUCCUGAUCGUUUCUCCGCCCAACAUCAGCAGCACACUGACAGGUAACGCUCACUGUUCUCCUCUCUGA